AAGCCCUGUCUUGAAAAACAGAAACAAAAAACCAAACGUAAUUAGAAUAAGCUGUUGACUCUUUGUGUUGGUUCAGUAUUUAUUUAUUGGGCCAGUGAUGGUGUUCAUUCACUGCUCUGUGAAGACAAGAAUGAGCGGGUGUGGAGAGGCCCAGACCAGGGUGGAUAAGCACCGGGUGUUCGCUUGGAUGCUGCCUGCCGAGGAGCAGCAGUUACACCCGGUGAUCAAGGCGUUCCUCUGUGGCUCCAUCAGUGGGACCUGCUCCACCCUCCUCUUCCAGCCUCUGGAUCUCCUCAAGACCCGCCUGCAGACCCUGCAGCCCUCAGACCUGAGGUCCAGGCGUGUCGGGAUGCUGGCUGUGCUCCUGAAGGUGGUUCGCACAGAAAGUCUUCUGGGCCUUUGGAAAGGGAUGUCCCCUUCCAUUGUGAGGUGUGUCCCUGGUGUGGGAAUCUACUUCGGUACUCUGUAUUCUUUGAAGCAGUAUUUCUUGCGAGGCCAUCCCCCGACUGCCCUGGAGUCGGUCAUCCUGGGCAUGGGCUCACGCUCUGUCGCCGGAGUCUGCAUGUCACCCAUCACAGUGGUCAAGACGCGCUAUGAGAGUGGGACUUACAGCUAUGAGAGCGUCUAUGCAGCCCUGAGGAGCAUCUACUGCAGCGAGGGCCACCGGGGCCUCUUCAGAGGCCUGACAGCAACUCUCCUGCGUGACGCGCCCUUCUCAGGGCUCUACCUGAUGUUUUACAGUCAGACCAAAGCCACAGUGCUCCGAGGCCCAGACCAGAUGGACGCUGCUCUGAUGCCCCUGGUUAAUUUCAGCUGUGGGAUAUUGGCUGGCAUUCUGGCUUCGCUGGUGACGCAGCCUGCAGACGUGAUCAAGACUCACAUGCAGCUCUCCCCAGCGAAGUCUCAGUGGAUUGGCCAGGCGGCCACCCUCAUCUUCAGGAACCACGGCCUGCGUGGCUUCUUUCACGGCAGUGUUCCCCGGGCGCUCCGCAGAACUCUGAUGGCUGCCAUGGCGUGGACUGUCUAUGAAGAAAUGAUGGCCAGGAUGGGCCUGAAGUCCUGACAGAGAGCGCUGGGGACGGAAGAUCCUGCCGUGGGCCCCUGCAGCUCACCCUUGUGGAGUCAGGUGAAGCGCUGUCUGAGGAACCCGGGGCAAGCGCGUUGCCUUUAGUCCCCCAUCCAGAGAGACCGGGGGAAGACUGGAGUCCCCAAAGCCUCAGCAGUGGAGUCACCGAUGCCCACAGCUCCAGAAACACUCCCCGUCGGUGCACACAGGAGCCAGGAGUCGAGCUUGGCUACAAGAGAGGCAUUUCUAGAGAGAGAACUGUGCCAGAUUACUGUCUCAGCCACCUCCCUACAUCACAGGGCACCUUAGAUAUGCCUGUAAGUGCGGAAUCCCACAACGGAGAAGCUGGGCUCCUGCCAUGGCUGAGGAGGCUCAAGUUGGGGAAGACUGGAUGGAGCUAACGAGAGCUGGACCAUGAGAUGGCUCAGCAAGUAAAGGCGUUUGGCAGACGGCCGCAGCGGGUCUCCAGGACCCAUGGAGGAGGGAGAAGUAGCUCCUCACGUUCACUUCGACAAGCACCCAUACCCAACAUGUAAAUAAAUGUAAUUUCUUUUUUAAAUAAAGACAUCAGCAGGCUGGA